UCCUCUCUCCUUUUACUAAAGCCAUUCCAUUUUGAUUUUUUUUGGUUUGCCUUUUCUUGGUUUCACCCAAGUAGUCAGAUUUGGUAAUCUAAUACAGAGGAAGGUAAAAAGUAGAACACACAAGGGGAAGGGGGUAGUGGGAAUGUGAAGAAGAAAAAAGGGUCUCUAUCUUUGUGGUUCAUAAGCAUUUGUAUUGUAUAGUUUUUGCUCAACAAGAUAAAAAAAAACAAUAAAAAUUGAAUCUUUAAGACAAAUUUUUCUACAGGAGUUGAGUUUGAGUGUUGAGAAGAGAAAAGGAGUUUAGUUUUUAUUUUAAAGAGAGAAGUGGGAAACAAAGAAAAAAAAGGGAAAAAAUGGUGGGCUCAGGAACAUCAGAUAGAAGCAAAGAAGCAGUUGGGAUGAUGGCCCUUCAUGAGGCACUUAGAAGCGUCUGUCUUAACACAGACUGGACUUAUUCAGUCUUCUGGACCAUUCGUCCUCGACCGAGAGUUAGAGGUGGUAAUGGUUGUAAAGUUGGAGAUGACAAUGGUAGCUUGAUGUUGAUGUGGGAAGAUGGAUUCUGCAGAGGUAGAGGAACAGAUUGCUUGGAAGAGAUGGAUGGUGAAGAUCUUGUGAGAAAAGCCUUCAGCAAAAUGUCCAUUCAGUUAUAUAAUUAUGGAGAAGGGUUGAUGGGUAAAGUUGCCUCUGAUAAGUGUCAUAAAUGGGUUUUCAAGGAGCCUACUGAAUGUGAACCAAACAUAUCAAAUUACUGGCAGAGUUCAUUUGAUGCUCUCCCACCUGAGUGGACUGACCAGUUUGAGUCAGGGAUUCAGACUAUUGCUGUGAUUCAAGCUGGACAUGGCCUACUGCAACUGGGAUCCUGCAAGAUUAUACCGGAAGACCUUCAUUUCGUGUUAAGAAUGAGGCACACGUUCGAGUCUCUAGGCUAUCAAUCUGGUUUCUAUUUGUCACAGCUAUUUUCUUCAACAAGGACUAGUUCGCCUUCAUCUGCAAUUCCUCUUAAGCAGCCGACUAUGCCAAUUCGCGCUCCUCCUCCACUUUUCAACUGGGGACCAAGGGCAAUGCCUUCAGCAUCUUCGCUACUAUCCUCUCCCAACUUCCAAAACUCCGCGAGACUUGGUAUUCCACAGUCGAAAGAUGAAUCACAUAUGUUCCUUCAACUUCCUCAUUCAUCCGAACCACGAAUGGAAGACAUGAUGGGAGCUGCUGCUGAUCAUGAGAGUGAUAUCAAGUGGCCUAAUGGAUUAACUUUCUUUAGUGCUCUCACUGGUAGAAAUGAUGAUUCCAGGAUCCUGUUCAAUCCUGAUAGCUUAGGUUCCAAACCGGAUCAUAAUCAGCACCCGCUUAGUCUUGAUGGGAAGACUUCAAAUCCGAACUCAGAUGCUUCUAGCUUGCACAACAACGGAGGUGCUAAUCCAAACGAUUUCUUGAGCCUGGAUAGCCACCCUGAUAGUGUUCGGAAGAUGGACAAGUUCAAGAGAAGCUAUACGCUUCCUGCUAGGAUGGCUUCGUCUUCUAAUUCAUCGACUUCACUUGAUCAGCACGCGAAUAAUCCCGGAGAAUAUAGGAAUGAAGGAGGAAUGUACCCUGAUGUGAUGGAGAGAUUCUUGGAAUGAUCUUUCUAGGGUUAUGGUGGGGGAGAAGUUGUACUUAAGAAAAAGCUUUUAGUUGUGUUUUCUGUUUAAUUUAGUGCUCUUUUAAUAGUUUGGUUUUCCUUCAUCCUUUGGACCAUUGAAUGUUUCCACUUUUUCUUGUAGUCUUUUUUAUCAGUUCAUCUAGAAAUGAAGGAAAAUUUAUGCUUCUCCAUGA